AUGUACUUGGCAGCGUUAAAUAAUAAUAAGUGGACAAUAACUUAUUAUUUAUUGGUUAACAGUCCUCCAGCAAGUCUACACUCUCAGUGUAAGGAUUUUGAUCAUCGCCGAAUCCAUACAUCAUACAGCGCAAUUCUUUUGAGAACAAGCGCUUGCGACCACUUGCGAGAUACUAUCAAAACAUCAACAAGCACACCAUCUGAUUGUAAAUUAUGCCCUUGGUUAAUUCACAGAUACACCUACAUAAAAUUUAACUCUUCACUCUUUCUUUAUUUUAUUCUCUUUUCAACCUUAUUUAUUACAGGUGGAAUUGCAGUAUACAAAGUGUCGAAAAAGCGCAGGCUCAAUAGAACGGAUAAAAGCACAUUUAUUCCACCGGGUGUUCAUGUCAGUUCAGAGUUCAGAUUUCAGUCGGCUUGA